AUGUCUGUCGAGGCCCCCAAGACCGUCGAAGAGACGCCCGUCGUCGAUGCCACAAAGGUUGUGCCUGAGGCACCCGAGACUUCUGCCGUGGCUCCCGUAGAGACCUCUGCUGCUCCCGUCGAGGCCACCUCUGCCGUCGAGCCAACACCCGCUGUUGCCACAGAGGAGACUACCACUGCUCCUGCUACCACCGAGGAACUCAAGAAGGAUGAGACUGUUGUAGAGGCCGUCCCCACAUCUGAGGGUACCUUGGGAUACAAGGAGCCUGGUUUCUUCAAGAAAUUCAUCUACACCAAGCACUUCUUCUGGGUCUCCGAGGAGCCUUCCACCGCUGAAUCCUUGGCUCCGUUCCUUCGUCAAGAGAAGGAGAAGGCUGAUACCAAGCACUCUUCCGCUGCCUGGGCACGUGAGAGUGGCAAAGGUCUGCUGUUCUACGCAAAGAGAUCCGAGGACAAGGCUGCCCCGGCUGGCAUCAUCAACCUGUCCGAAGCUUCCACCGUCACAAAGGAAGGACUUCAGCAAUUCUCAUUCCGUGUUGGUACCCACCAACACCGCUUCGAAGCCACCAACUCAAAGGAGCGUGACAGCUGGAUCGUUGCGAUUGAAAAGGCCAUUGGUGAGGGUAAGGAACUGAAAGAUGAAAUCACCUCAAGUGACAGCUACAAGAAGAACGUUGAGGAGUACUCUAAACCCGCCAUCAUUGCAGCUGCAGCUCCAAAGAGCUCCCGUUCCAAGUCUAAGGAACCCAAGAAAUCUCUUGAUGCCGCUACCGCAACUGCUGCAACCACUUCCGCACCCGUCGCUGCUGAGACCGCCAGCACCUCAUCCAGCAGCUCUGAUGAGGCUACCAAGGCCGCCAAGAAGGACAAGGAGCGAUCUCAAUCCCGCAAGCGGGGCAGCAUCUUCGGUACUCUCCUCGGCAAGAAGGAAGAGCACGCUGAGAAGAAGGAAGAGAAGGCUGAGGUCAAGAAAGAGCUGAAGGAAGAGAAGAAGGUUGAGGCUGAAGAGAAGAAAGAGGAAGCCAAGCUUGCUGAUGAGCCCACCGCCACCAAGAACGUUGAGGCUGCUGAGGCCUCCACCGCGGCAGCUGCUAUUGCUGCUGCCCCUGCUGCCGUCGCAGUUGCAGCUGCUUCUGACAAGAAGGAAGAGGAAGAUGAGACCACCUCAACUCCCACUGGAAAGAAGGCCAAGCGUGGCUCCGUCUUUGGCAGCUUGUUCAAGAAGAAUGUGACAAGCCCAACCACCGAGAAGACCGAGAAGGAGGCUACCGCCUCAGACAUUCCUCCCGUCUCUGAGACAGCACCAAAGCUCGAUGAGCCCAUUGAGAACAAGCCUAUUGACACUGCUGCUGUCACUGCUCCUGCCGACAACGUUGAAACUCCUGCUACUACCGUCGAUGCAACAAAGGAUACCACCACACCUGCUACCGAGACCACAACUGCUCCCAAGUCUGAGAAGAAAGGUGGUCUGCUAGGCUUCAUCAACAAGAAGACUGAGAAGAAGGAACAGAAGGAGGAGGCCAAAGACGAACAUGCCGCCAAGGUCAUCGCAGAAGAUCCCGUUGCAGCUGCCGCCGUUCCCGAAACCACCACCGAGCCUGCCGUUGCUGAACCCACCACUGAGACUGUCACCAAGGAGGAACGCCCUGGCCGUGAGAAUCCUCGUCGUACAUCUCUCUUCUUCAAGAACAAGAAGGAAACCACUAGCGAUGGUGAGGGUGUGACCGAGACCAAGCGUGAGAAGUCCCCUCUUCCGGGCAAAUUCAUUGGCAACCUUGUGCGCCGUGCUAGCAAAGCGGUCAAGUCUGAGCCAAAGGAGAAGCCAGCCACCGAAGCUGCUCCCACCGAGACCGCCACCAAGGAAGUUCCUGUCGAGACCACUCCUGAAGCUCCAGCUGCCACAACUGAGCCCACCGAGAGCAAAAUUGUCGGCGAUGUCGUGCCAGAAACUCUCCAUGCCACCCCCGAGACAGCUGCCCCAGCCGCUGCUCCCGAGGUCAAGGCCACUGCUUGA